CCGAUAAACCCACUAAAGAAAGAAAGAAAGACAAACAUCAAGCGCUGCGUGUUUACAUCACUUUGUUUUUUGUCUCUUUUUAGUUAUAUUUAAGGUAUGUGCAAGUUUUUUCCCCUGUUUUGCAUUGACGCUUUUUGAGUCAUUCACAGUUCAAAACAAACGAGAAGAAAUGUGAGAAUAUCGCGUUUUUAUCUGACGUGUUAUGCAGUCACUGAAUGUGUGUAAUGAAGAUGUUUAUAUGAGUGUAUAGUCUGUCAUCUGGUAUCUGAUCAGUUUUUUAUAUUUUGACAGACAAUUAAAUCAAAGUCACAGACUGAACAAUUAUGUGCAGUUAAGCCGCUGAAAUCAUAAUAAAACAAAGUUUUGAGUUCGUUGUUUUUAUGUUGAGAUGUUGCCGAUGACGUCACAGAUGUGCUGUAAAUCAGUGGGAACUGAUCUGUCCAUGCUGGAUAUUGAUGAUUUCAUCACAGAAAUCUGUCAGCUGAAGAAAGAGGUGAAGUUACUGGAGGAAAAGCUGAGGACAAGAGGAGAUGAACUCAACACAGAGAUUGUGGUAAAGGUCGAGUCAAACCCCACAGACGCUCAGGACACUGUGUGUGACAGUAAUCACACCUUGAAUCAGGAUGAAUCUACUGAUCAAACCUCCACAGAGUCUCUGGAUUCUGUCUGUAACGCUGGAGAACAGCAGAUCCUGAACACCAGACCACUGAACAUGUGUUCUGUCACACUGAUGGACUGCAGGAAACUGAUAGAGAUGAGAAGACAAACCACAGAAGAAGAAGAGCAUCACACUGAUGAAGAUGAGAAUCAGGAUUAUGAUGAUGAUGAUGAUGAUGAUUUUAUUCCUUCAGAUGAGAGCGGUGAUUCAUGUGGUGAUUGUGAAACGGCCUCUACAUCAAAACACACAGAACAGAAACUCUUCACCUGCACCAGAUGUGACAUCAGCUUUCCUACCUUACAAGAGAAGAAACUUCAUUCACAAGAGCACAGAGACGAGAAACACUUUCACUGUCAGCAGUGUGGGAAGAAUUUUGUCUCUUCUUCGAAUCUAAAAGUUCACAUGAUGUCACACACUGGAGAAAAACCUUUCCACUGCAGUGAAUGUGACAAACAUUUCAGCUCCAAAGGAAAUCUUGUUGCUCAUCAGAGAAUUCACACGGGAGAAAAACCAUACGCGUGUCCUCACUGUGAGAAGUUGUUCAACCACAAACCUCAUCUGACGAAACAUGUGCGUAUACACACCAAUGAGAAACCGUAUCAGUGCAGUGAAUGUGGAAAAACCUUUAGGGAGUCAGGUUCUUUAAAGUCGCACCAAAAAACUCACUCUGAUUUGAAACCCUAUCAGUGUUCACACUGUGAUAAAUGUUUCCGUCAUAAAUCUCAGCUAAUAACUCAUGAGAGAAUUCACACUGGAGAAAAACCUUUCCUCUGCUCUCACUGUGGAAAGAGAUUUUCUAACCAAAGUUCUUUUAUUUUUCAUAAAAGAAUUCACACUGGAGAGAAACCUUAUCACUGUAGUGUUUGCGGGAAGAGUUUUAAUCGUCAGAACAUUUUUUCAAAACAUCAAAGAACUCACACAGGUGAAAGACCUUAUAAAUGUUCUCAGUGUGACAAGACGUUUGCUCGUUUAGAUGUCCUUAAAACUCAUCAGAGAGUUCACACUGGAGAGAAACCUUAUCACUGCUCCAUCUGCGGAGGGAAAUUCGCUUAUUUAGGAAGUUUUAAUUCUCAUCAGAAGAAACAUGCUGAAGAACAAACUAAGCUGGAUUCAUAGUGUCUUUUACUAGUUCUAUAAACUUUUUCUAUAAGCUGAAAUAAAUGUGCUCGUAGUAAAUUUCUUUGUUUUUGUGAAAUUGUUUUAUGCAAUCUGAUCAGGGUCUUAAACAGAACAGACAUCUGACAGCAGACAUCUCACAGAGGUCUUGCAGAUGAGCAAACAAUCAGAAAACAUGUCUUGCAGAUGUAAAUACAGACAUCCAAUAGACGUCUUCUAAACGUGUGCUGUCGGUGUUCUUUGUUUGGUAGGAUUUGGGGUUGUAGAAAAUCAGUGUAAAUCUGUAGAAUUCUG